AUGUCAUUUGGAGGAGGAGGAGCUGGAUUUGGCGCUCAGGGCGGUAACAAUUUGGCCGUUGCUGAACAAGAACUGGAAAUGGUUACAUCUCUCUUCAACAAUAUUGUGGAUGCUUGCCAUAAAAAGUGCAUUGUGCCAAAGUAUGCUGAUGGCGACCUCAAUAAGGGAGAGUCUGUCUGUAUCGACAGAUGUGUCGGCAAAUAUCUAGAAGUAAACAAAAUCAUUGGGGAAAAGUUUGGUGCCCUCGCACAGUCUGCUCAACAGCAACAGGGCAUGAUGUAG